GGUCGAUAAAGCUGACAUAUUCAAACUUGGGAUUAAAUAAGAGAAGGCUAACAACGUUAGAUGAGAAGAUUGACGGCGUCAGAUGAGGAGGUUGUCAGUGUCAGAUACAAAAUGAAUCGAACCUAGGAAGCUUCGUUAUCCACAUAUGCCGACAGAAAUGUACAUUGUGUGAAAUGGACCAAACUGGAUUUUGCACUCUUGGGCGGCCUUGGGUUUCAGCGUCGAAAUUGGACCGGAAAAUCGCGAGGGACCUCGUUUAUCAUUGUUUGUGUUAAGUCGUCAUAUAUCGCCGAGUUAUUGGUUCGGUGGAUCAUUUGCAGCACCAUUGCCGCGCACGGCCGGCUGCCUGGGUGAGAACUCGGCGUUAAAAAGUCAGGUAAUAACGUUAUGGCGAAUAUGGUUGCAAGUUUACUACAUACGAUAACCUCCCACAGUUCAGAUGUAAACUGCGUUGCCUUCACCCAUGAUAAACUUGCCACAUGUUCCGGAGACAAGACUGUCCGGAUAUGGAGCACUGAAGACUUCACGGAGCAUCCAUCAUCACCUCUUCUAGGUCAUGCCUAUUAUGUCAACUGUUGUGUGUUUUCACCGUUUGGAAACACCCUGGCUUCGUGUUCGACCGAUGGGAAGUUGAUACUGUGGGAUGUUAAGACUGGGGAUCAGGUUGGAGUCAUCCAACAUCCAAGUAAAAAUGGAAUCCGUGUGUGUCACUUCUCCCCCGAUUCUUCUAAGAUAGUUUCUGGUGGAGAUGACAAUACCUUGUGCCUUUGGGAAGUGUCUUCUCGCAAACUCCUCAGGUGUUUCUCUGGUCAUGACGAGAUGGUUGCAGCUUGUGCCUUCACACCAGACAGCUACUAUGUUGUGUCGGGAGGCACUGAUGGACACUUGCGCGUGUGGGAUGCAAAGUUUGGACAUGGGCGGGAGCUGGCGUAUGAUCUAGAUGGCCAUGACCUUGGCGUGACCUGCUGUGAAUUCUCUCCGAAAUAUGGAUCAGCUGCGAAGACAUCUUCUCAAGUUGCUAACUUCCUGCUGGCCACAGGUGGCAAGGACGACCAGGUCAAGCUGUGGGAGUUCACAGGCCAGAUCGGUUCCUCAGUGGUGCUGCUGAAGCUGAGAGACACACUGCCCGGCCACACAGACACUGUCCUUGCCAUUGCCUUCUCCCCCAGGGGGGACAUCCUGGCUUCUGGGUCCUUUGACAAGACCAUACGUCUGUGGAAUCCACUCAAAGGAACUUCCAUGUUUACAAUAGAAGGACAUGCAAGAUAUGUGACAAGCUGUGCCUUUUCGUUUGAUGGCCAGAUGCUGGCGUCGGGGUCGAAUGACAAGACGGUGAUGGUGUGGAAGCUGACCGACACGUCCAGCAUCAUGGCUGGUCUGUCUGGAUUUGAAGAACCAGUGAAGCAGACACAGCAGUCUUCAGCAGCAAGCUUUGUGUCUGUUGAGAAGUGGGGUGUAGAGGAUGUGUGUGCUUGGGUUACCUCCCUUGGAUUGCAGCAAUACCAGGAAGUGUUCAGGCAGCAGGCAAUAGAUGGGACAGAGUUACUUGCCCUUACUGCCAAGGAUCUUGAAGAGUCAAUGGGAAUAGGUGCCCUUGGUCACAGGAACAAGAUUCUGAGGAGUCGCGCUCAUGUACAAGAGCGUCCUAUAGGCCAGACAGUAGAAAAUGAUGCUGGAGUCCCGGACGAGUACCUGUGUCCCAUCACAAGGGAGAUAAUGCACGACCCAGUCAUUGCCACAGAUGGCUACACAUACGAUAAAGCAGCAAUCAAAUCGUGGAUUGAGAGCGGCAAGGAUCGGAGCCCAAUGACCAACUCUGUGCUACCAAGUAAUAAUCUGACACCAAACAGAACGCUGAAAAUGUUGAUCCAGCGCUUUGUGAACGGUCACAGCCAAGGUUGACCGCUGGGGUAACUGGGCAUUUCAAUAUGCUAUAUUCUGUCCAAAGUAGUUUUGUCAAUAAUCAGAGUUUCAUUUCCUGAUCUUAUAGUUGAUGAGGAGGACUAUAUUCCUAUUCAUUCAUGAUAUAUUUUACAUGCAUGUUUCCAUAGCGAUGUAGGUGCUGUCCAUGUGUUAUUGGACUUGUUAUAUUGUGAUGUUUGAAAUUAUGCCAGUGUUCAGUUUGUUUGGGUUUAAGGUAGUUGUAUGUCCACAACACACUUUCAUGAGGUCACAGCAACACACACAUUCAGAAAAUAAUUUCUGUUUUCAAUUUAGAUGUAUAAAAAAAAUAUGGACCUUUUCUUAUGUAAAUAGUUUUGAAUAGUUUUAAGAUUGUGUUUGGAAGACAACAUAUAUGUGUCACUGUACAUAUGUUUGUUUACUGGUUUGUUAACAAUCAACAUUUCGUGGGUAUCCAUGUCUUUUUUUCUGAUUUUCCAAUCUCCACCCACUCUAAUUAUCCCCCGCCGCGCGAAAGCGCGAAGCGGGGGAUAUAGUAUUCACGACCGUCCGUACGUCCGUCCGUACGUCCCACCUGUUUGUUGCCGCGAUAUCUCAAGAACUAAACAUUGGA